AUGGCCUCAGCAUAUCUUCCGCAGCACGAUGGUUUGCUGCCGUAUUUCCUGAUAUACGCUGGCGCUUCUGCCAUCAUUCACUCAGCAGUUUGCUACGCCCAGAGCCCGCGCACCUCGCUGCGGGCGUUCAGCGGCCCGGCAAGCCCGGUCAAGACCCCGGAACAGGGGCUGCUGGCCCGCGUGUACGGCGUCAAGAAUAUCUACACGGGCAUGAUCCGGCUGUCCGCCGCGUACGCCCUCACCAACGCCGCCCUGUACGACCUGGCCGCCGCUACGUUUGCCGGGGUGCUGUUCCUGUACGGCACGGAGCUGCUGGUAUACCGGACCGUCCGGAUGAAGGAGGGCUCUUUUGCCUUUGUUACAGCGGGCACGGGGUUAGUGUGGAUGUUGUUGCAGCGUGAUUGGUAUUUGUCCAGUUGA